AUGAGUAAUAUUGAAUAUAUAAUAACAGCUGAAUUUCAUAUCGAUAAAGGACCGUCCUUAAUUCAUCAGUUUCCUCGUGAAAUCCCUGGAUUGCAAACGAAUUUGACGUUUCUACCAGAAAUAAUGAUACCGGACCAAAUACAUAAAAGAGAGGAAGAUUUUACGCUAUUUUUAUUGUUUAAAGACAGAGAAACAGGAGAAUUUCAAUAUCUCUACGACAAGGCCACUUGUGACGAAGAACCUUAUUAUUUGUAUACUAUCGUCAAUAGCUUGAAGCAUGAUUCAUAUGAGCGAGGUUCCAGAAUAAAAUCAAUAUCGAUUAUAACAAAACUUCCGUAUUUUAAGAAUUUCCUGCCCUUAUUGACGCUAUGUUUGAAUAGUUAUUUCGAGGAGAAUGAGAUAGAACACUUGCAGAAUUUGUAUGCAGCAAUCAACGUCAAGAACUUCAGUUUAGGAAAUUCAUUGUCUAUAAUUAAAAAGCUAUUGAUUACUUCUAUCCUAGAUUUACCGAUAAACGAUAGGAUAUAUAAGGAUGAGUCCUUUCGAAUGACAAUAUUGGAAUUAAAUAAGGUGGAAAAUCUUAAUUUUGACUUGUUCAUUAGAAAGGAUUUAAGUUUCAACUCGAUCAUUAACUUUAAUAAUAUGAACAUUCCUAUUAAGAUCCCAAUGAUAGAUUUGCCCGAUACUAUAGGAGAUUAUUUAAACCCAACUGACCUAAGUUUUAAAGCCGAUUUGAUAAAUCUUUUAAGCGCAAGGCUUGUUACUGAUUUACACAACAGUGAAUUGACAAUCUAUGGACAGCAAACUCCACCAAUUAUAAUAUUAAUUAAUGCAAUUUUGGUAGGGAAAAAGAUUGUUUUCUUAAGUUAUGAUAAGCCGGCUGGGUAUAUUAUUGACAACAUCUUAUUAAUGUUGAAAAUAAUUACUGGUGGAGGAAUUCUAAGCGGAUUAUUGACCAACUACAAUGUUUUCCCGAUUCUUGAUGUUUCGAAGAUUGAUUACCUUGAAAAAUGUGAUUCAUAUAUUGCGGGUACAAUUAAUCCAUUUUUCAAGAACAAUGACAAAAUAUGGGAUUUAUUGUAUGACCUAGACUCAAAUGAAUUAUUCUUAUCUUCUAAUUCUUCGAAGCCUGUAAGCUCUGAACAGAACAUGUUUAAAAAUUCUAUCAUUUCGGAGGAUGCAAAGUUUUUGUCUACGUUACAAUUGUCGCUUUUUAACUACAACGACGACUUGACUACAGUUCAAAUGAUAUUCAGAAGGCACAUUAACGAAAUUGUCCGUAUACUAUUAAGUCUGAAAAAUUUCAAUAGCGACUUGCUACCCCGGAAUGAGCAGUUUACGUUAUUGCUUGAUGGAAUCGGAUAUUUCUGGAAUAGUGAUUCCAACAAGCUACUUGAAAUGUCGUGCUAUCAAUCGAUCUCCAAGAAGUUUCAGAGCCAAUUGUACAGUGGUAAAAUAAAGUACAAUCUAUUGUUGCCCAAUUUGGCAAAUGAGAUGAAUGUUAUGAUCGAUUUGCAGUACCAUUUGCAAAGCUUGAAUAGCUCGUCUAAUAAGCUCAAUGAUUGGGAUAUAUGGUACAACGUGUUGAAGUACUUGAUAAGCGGCAAGACUCUUGAGGUGUUCUUGCUAGCCACGUAUUUGAUUCCUCCUAAUUCGUCUGCCACUUUGCAGACUAGUUCUGCCCAUGGCAACCCUACGGUGUUCGAAAAGAACAAGGGCAUUGAGCUCCUCUUGCUCAACCUUUUCAACCACGAUGACAAGAUCAAAUCCAUCGUCAUUAUGAUUCUACAGGAACUCCAAGAAAACUUUCUCUGCGGGUGGUGUUUCGAAAAUUUUGUCAAGUCAAACAUGAUGUACGAAAUGGCCUUCAAAGAUUUAUUAGCUAUUCAUCAAUGA